AUGAGAGAUUCAUUGUCAGUACUACUGUUUCUGCUCCUGUGUGUGAAAUUCACUUCAGCCUCCCGAUGGACGAUUAUAGUAAUAACCAGUGACGAAAUAGAGGCUGGCACCACAGCGAACGUGUUUGCCAGUCUCCUCGGCACACAAGGAUAUGCAGAAAACAUAUCCCUUGGGAACGGUCACGACCCGGGAAAGGUCAAGUACGUUACAAAGACUAUGAUAAUUGGACUCCCUUUCAGCAUGACAGUGUGGCACGAUAACGCAGGGGUUAAUCCGGAUUGGCGGUUAGAACGGAUUGUCUUUAUCGACCAAACAACAUGGGCACAGUACAUGUUUGUGUGUAAAUGUUGGAUAACGGCGAUCAACGGGCCGCCCACCAUAACUUUGAAUGUCAAAGACAUGCAGAUUGAUGAAGACAAUGGGAAAUUGAAUUAUCGUUAUAAUGAUCUGAUUGAUGAAGACAAUGGGAAAUUGAAUGGUCGAUAUAAUGGUCUGAUUGAUGAAGACAAUGGGAAAUUGAAUGGUCGUUAUAAUGGUCUGAUUGAUGAAGACAGUCACCUCAGUCUCCCUCGACGACGAAAGAAAACGUUUCCUCAAAUACUGACCGACAGCCAUAUGUUGGACAUUACUAUUGAAGAUCCAAAAGGCAGGGCCAACAUCAGCGUGUUCACAGAUAACUCCACUGGAUAUACUGACGGUGUCAACAUUACCAUAGAAAUAGAGGACGUGACCUUGGGUAGUGAUAGGUUCAUAGUCUACGUCAGACCACAGAAAAUUCUUCCUGACACGUGCCAACAUACGCCAUUGUGCCUGUGUUACCAGAGAAAACAACAAAACAUGACAGAAGCAGGGGAGCUUCAGCGAUUGGUGGAUGAACUGAAAGCAGAACUAACUGUCGACAAGAAGAAAACAUCAGUCAACCUCCGCAAGUACAUCAGUGCAGAUGAUAGCCGUGUGUCUUCCAAGGCGAUCGGGUCUGGGGGUGCCAUAUUGUUAGCUGUUCCUGUGGUGCUUAUUAUACUCAGUGACCUGUUGAAUGUUCUUAAAAAGAAGAAAAAACGACGCAGGGGAACGUAUUCUUUUGCAAAAACUAUAAACUCACCUUGCUAUGUAGAGCCACCUGAAUACAUGAAGGUAGACGUGAAGGAGGAUUUCUUCGCAAACAAAGACCGGUAUUACCCAGAGUCGUGUUCAUCGUCUGCAAACAAAGACAGACCAACGUCCUCCCUGUCUGACGAGAACGCCUCGUCUACCUGGUCCAUAGUGUACACCACAAAUCAAGACUGUCUCCAAACCUCGCCGUCGGACGUAACUCUAGAGGGUGAAUAUUCCUCAUGA